AUGCCAGUCCGUCCUUUAGUGGCUCUUUUGGAUGGAAGAGACUGCACAGUUGAAAUGCCUAUAUUAAAGGAUGUUGCUACAGUGGCAUUCUGUGAUGCUCAAUCUACACAAGAAAUUCAUGAGAAGGUAUUAAGUGAAGCUGUGGGAGCCCUUAUGUAUCACACAAUUUCCCUAUCUCGAGAAGACUUGGAGAAAUUCAAGGCGCUUCGUAUCAUCAUAAGGAUUGGCAGCGGUUAUGAUAAUAUUGAUAUAAAAUCUGCAGCUGAAUUAGGGAUUGCAGUUUGCAAUGUUCCCUCAUCCUCAGUAGAAGAGACAGCUGAUUCAACACUCUGCCACAUUCUGAACCUAUACCGAAGGGUCACAUGGCUGCACCAAGCUAUGAGGGAGGGGAACCGAGCAGCCAGUGUGGAACAAAUUAGAGAGGUUGCUGGUGGGGCUGCCAGAAUUCGUGGGGAGACUUUAGGCAUCAUUGGACUUGGUCGGGUUGGACAAGCUGUUGCUCUGCGGGCAAAAGCAUUUGGAUUUACUGUCAUAUUUUAUGAUCCCUAUCUUCCGGAUGGAGUUGAGCGUUCUCUAGGCCUGCAGAGAAUGGGAACUCUUCAGGAACUGCUAAUGCACAGUGACUGCAUUACACUUCACUGCAGUCUGAAUGAGCACAACCAUCACCUCAUUAAUGAUUUCACCAUAAAACAGAUUAGGCAGGGUUGCUUCUUGGUAAACACAGCUCGUGGAGGACUUGUGGAUGAGAAAGCGCUAGCCCAGGCUUUAAAAGAUGGCCGGAUCCGUGGUGCUGCUUUGGAUGUCCAUGAGUCUGAACCUUUCAGCUUUUCUCAGGGACCGUUGAAAGAUGCCCCAAAUUUGAUUUGUACCCCACAUACUGCUUGGUACAGUGAGCAUGCUUCAAUUGAAGCAAGAGAAGAGGCAGCUAAAGAAGUUCGUAGAGCCAUUGAAGGUCCAAUUCCAGAUUGCUUGAGAAAUUGUGUAAAUAAGGAGUAUUUGUUGGCAGCUGCACAGUGGUCAGGAAUGGAGACUGUUCAUCCAGAGCUUAAUGGGGCUGCAGGAUAUAGGUUUCCCCCAGGAGUUGUUGGCGUAGCUGCCCCAGGACACCCAGCUGCAGUGGAAGGGCUGGUGGCUGCCUCACACCCGUUAAUCCCCACUGUUUCUCACACUCCGUCACCUGGACAGACCACCAAACCUGACCCAGACAGAGAGAUUCCUACUGACCAGUAG